GCUCAUGGCAACUCCAGAUCCGUAACCCACUGAGCGAGGCCGGGGUUUGAACCUGAAUCCUCAUAGAUGCUAGACAGGCUCAUUACGGCUGAGCCACAACAGGAGCUCCCAAAUCUCUAACCCUUAUAACUCAUUUUUGGAGAUCAUUUUUUCUGCGAUGCCAGCCUGGUGACCAUUUGAAGGAGGUCUCUGCAGAUGGCCCCUCCGUGAAAAGGCGAUUCUAGACUGGGUGGGGCAGGUGACCCUAAUCUCCGAGGUCCUCCAGACUACUCGGUUACCGUGACGUUGUUUCUGUGCCUCCUGCAGAGUCAGGUGUAAGGAACAAGGCACCAAGACGCAGGCCCACAGCAUCGAGAAGCCGGUCCCCCAGGUUCCCCCCCAGCCCUCCCCGCCGACCCUGCCCCAGGGGGGCCGCGGUGCAGGUGGAGCCUGAAGCCCACCCAGGCCCUCCUUCCACCCAAGACCCAAGUGAGGGACUCCCUCUCCCAGGCCCCCGGGGUCCCUUCCUGUUCCCCAGGGCGAUCGGUAAAGAGAAAUGUGUUGCCGCCUUCUUGCCUUGUGGCCCCAAAAGCUCCUUUCGGCAGCAGCUCAGCAGGGCUAAGCCUCCAAGUUCCAUCUCUACCGCCCGCCAGACCCCGACCGCCCCCUGCAGCUUCCUCUCCUUCCCUGUGCCAGUUCUCACCGUCCGUGACCUGCUUGCAGGGGUCUCUGUAAACCAUUCUGUGCAUAUAAAAUGCGGAGAACGAUGCAGCAUCUGUGUCGCUCCCCGCCGGCCUCGGAAACCCACUGAGCCACCCCAGCCACCCCUUGCGGGCCACUCGUGUCUCCAAUCCGGCUCCUCCUCCAGCGGAACCUCGCCCUGAACGUGGAUUCUGCUGUUGCCACAGAGCCUGGAGCACUGCGUCUCCGAGCAGCCUGGCGUCUUGGAAUCUCUAAUGGAGAAACUCAGGUGUCCGUGACCUGCGUCCCGAGGAGGGAGGGGACUUUCUGGGAUGACCCCCCCCCAUCCCGGCGGGCCCACCCUCCCCGUCUCCGCAGCCGCUGCCUUUCUUCUCUGUUUCCCCCACACCCCAGGACCCCUCCCUGUGGCCAGACCCUGAGGGGGCGUUGUGUGAGGCCCCAGGGAACCGAACGACCCGCUGAGAAUGUCAUCAGUGUGAUUUCAGAGACGAGGGAAAGGCUUCCUGUCCCCUCCUCUUGCCUGGGCCCCUCUGAUGCCAUCCUGCCGCCGAGUCCAGGGUUCUCCAGAGAGACCCCCCGUCCCGCCUGAGAGCUUUGGUCAGCCCUCAGCACAGAAAGAAGCCUGGCUGGGAAACUCCCGGCCACACGCUCGUCAGUCUCAUCUCUGCACGCGGCUCUGAGUAGCAGACUUUAGCCCGAGAGCAUAGGCCUUGGGGACCGUCCCUGAGUCCUUCACAGUGAGACCCAGGGCUGUGAAGGGCAUUGCCUCGGAGUCCCCACAGUGACUUUCUCAAGCAACACCCCCCUCCAUCCCUAUUCAUUCUCUGACCACCCCCGACCUCUGCCCACGUGGAAGGAACAAACUUCUCUCCUCCCCCGCGGUUCAGCCCAUCAAACAGACCAAGGAUUCUGUCCUUGCCUGGAGGACACCCAGGUGGCUCAGCUGUAGAGAGGGACGCGAUGGGACGCCUUUGGCUGGCUGACUCCUCACGUAAACUCAGCUUGAAGACGGAGUGCUACCUCAUCUCAGAGCUGGAAGAGCACAGAGACCUCAAUACAUAAUGAGCAAUCCAUUUCCCAAUGAAACUGACAACCAGUGUCGGGAGGAGGAGUGGGUCCCGGGGAGACCAGCCCAGGGAGCAACUGCCUCGUAGGAUGAAAGGUCUCUGUAUCUGAUCAGGGCUCCUAACGUCACAGUUCAAAGCAUCUUUGAUCAGUGGAAAGUGUUGUUGUUCCAUGAUGCACCUCACGUUUGCCGUUGGUGUAAACCACCGCUCAGAAGGGGACCGUACACUCAGUUUUGCCACUGUUCCUUCCUUGACCGAACCGAUGAAUCACACUGCCUGCCUGCAGGAUUUAGUCCACAAACAGCCCCGGACUCUGAGUGGGGGCUUCUGUCUGGAAAGAGCGUCCAGCUCAGCACCAGGGGACAGGAGUGACGCUGCAUCCUCUCCACUUAGAGCCUGUUUCGGACGCUGCUUCCCCUCUAAGCCCAGCUCCCUUUCAGUACAUGGAUCUGCACGGAAAUCCUUCAUUGCUCCUCCUGCCCAGCCUCAGCCUAGGUGGGCAAUGGGUCAGCAGCUCAUAGGGGACAGGGGGACCCGGGCUGGGAAGACGGGUAACUUGGCGUUCCUGGCACAACCUGGUUAUGCUUGCACAUUCCCUGCGUUCUGGGCACAGCAGCGGGUGCAAGGCCUGGCCUGGCGCUUAGAAUCAGUGGAGAGAACCAGAGACGUCCCAUGGUCAGGCGGCACCUCCUGGGAAGCUGCCACCGGGUGUCAAGGUCACCGUGAGCAGCAGAGAAGUGGUAACUUAGGGCCAGGCAUACAACCCUCUUCCUCCAGGGCCUCUUCUUCCAAGUCAGAGGAGCAGCCUCCUCGAAGCCGACGGGUGGCUGCUCCCAGUUCUCAGAAAGCCUUCAUCCGAGGUAACCGCCGGGCUCACGGACACCGGAGGCGGCGUCUGUCCCGCUUUGUUCCCAGCAGCCUCCAGGGAGCAUGUGCUCCUGGUUGUGGAGCAGAUUUGAAAGAUAACCUCAUCCUACCAGAAACGAUCAGAAGCUGGGGGUCGCCUUUCCCUCUGGGUCCCUGUCCUAGCAGAGGUGUGAUUCCAGGGCUGCCAGGGGGCAACCAUCCCAUCGCACGUCUGUCUGGUGGCUCUGCGCUCACAGCUGGUUGCUGGGCGGGCUGCUCUGUUCUCCGGGCCUACGGUGGGCCUGGGCUUGUCUGCAGGUUGGCAGGCACAAGCCUUGCUCCUCUUUUAGGGAACGUGGCAGGACUCGCAUCACUCCCUAUCCAUGGUCCUCACUCGUGCCCAGCCCAGUGACAAUGGACGUGUGACCCUACAGUUUCUGCAAGAACGGCUUUCAUCAGAACUGGCUCGACUGAAACCUCAGUGGUCAGAGGCAACAUGUGACUGCCAGCCUUGUUACAAUGUACCGCUGCCCACAGGGACUCAGAGACGGAGAAAUCAAGAAGACAGCCGGCUCCUUAGAAGGGAAACCGGAUGCAAACGGUGUGACCGGUGACUCGGCCUGGCCACCGACGUGUGCCCGUGGCGGAUGUCGGCCUCUGGUCCCCACCAGACGUCUUGGGGUCCCCGAGCCCCCCACGCUGCCUGUGACCCGGCGUCGGAGCACCGCCACCCUGGGCGGCUUGAGCACCUUGCUUCCAAAGACGCCCGUGAGCCACAAACCCCUUCUCAGGUCUCUUCGUGGGUGGCUGUUUAAUUACGAAAACCACGUACGCAUUUGUAAGUUUUGCCCAUCUGUGAUUUCCCUGCCGCUCUGGUCCCCGUCCCACCAACCCCCACAUCCUGGGUCGCCCCCUCACUGGAGCCGCAGCCUCUCUCCCCCGAGAUGGGAUCGGCUCCUUAACUCCGCUCGAGCGUCCGCUGGCGCUGAGAAUUUCACGUCUCAUUGACGUGACUGGUAUCAGUAAGUUUCCUCCUCCCGAAUCCUCAGGCCCUGGGAGCCCUUUAGGGUCCCCGUAGCAGGGGGGUCUCUCCGCCCCACAACCCUGUCUCCCCAACCGCGCGUCUCAGAUCCAGCCCCUGUUGCUCGUGCUGCCCCCUCCCUGGGCAGGUGGCUCCUCCUGCUCUGCAACCGCAUGUUCCCGGCCUGCUCGCUGCCACGGAGCCCGGGCCUGACGUCCCGCAGCCCUGGGUAUUCCUGCCACUCUUGGGGCUGGUGUCGCUGUAAACCUGCCUCUGCGUUGGGUCACGGCCUUCACCGCGGCUCUACCCUCAGCCAUCCGUCCAUCCUGGCCAGUCAACACCCCGCUGCCCCAGCCGGUGGAGCCCCGCCGAUGCCUCUGCUCUGCUUACCUCCCUGAGAGGAUGAAGCACCGGAGGCCCAGAGAAGUCACAAAACAGGUUCGUGGAAGAGCCGGGAAUUCAGGUCCGGGUGGCGUUACCGUGGAGCCCAACCUUUGCGCACUGCAUACAGCGCCUCUCUGAGGCGGUCACCGGCCUUACACGCCAGCCCCGGACCCCGGCCAGGGCCCAGCUCGCACACCCUGGGAGACCCGGUGAGGUCAGAGGUGGCGGCCACGCCAUCAGCACCUCACCGGCACACCUGUGACAAAGCAGGGCCAUCGCUCUGUUCAGGGACCUGGCUGUGACCUGAAGCGAUGGUGACACCACGGGAUGUGCCUGAAGAGGCCGUGUUUCCACCUCCGGGCUCUGCCUCCCCCAGGUCCCCAGUCAGCCGCACUCUCACCUGCUCACAGUCGGUUUUACGUCUCAAAUUGGCCGCCUCAGCUGAUGGACGGUCCGCAGGCAGCUCUCGGGACAUGUCCAUGAAAUCCUUGGAAAGAGCUCCCGAGGACGCCAUCGUCUUACUGCAUCCUUUCACCUGCACCUGCGUCCUCUGCAUGGGUGAAGUCCACCAUCCUAACUUCUGGAACGUUCUCUGCCCAGCUGCCCUCUGAUGCUCGCUGGACUUCCUCUCUGUCUUCAUAACCUCGUCUCUGGCUUCACAGAUUUCUUUGAGCGUUGGGCGUCUCCCCUGCUUUUAGUCCCAUUUCCUCACUUGUGUUUGUAACGGCUGUGCUUGUCACUAAACGUGUGGGAACAAUGGGGGGUUUGGUGGGUUUUUGUUUUUUCUUUUGUCUUUUUUAAAGCUCCCUAGGCUUUAACGCUCCUCAAAGAGUUUUCUUCCCACUUUC